AUGUCGCAACACGCAGAAUUCGAUGCGUUCCGAGAACACCUUAAGUGGGCGCUAGAAACUGUCGAUGGACACAACCUGCAUUCCUAUAGGCACGAAGCAGAGCAACGAUGGGAGCAGUCAAUCACUCCAGAAGACCGCACCCGCUUCGCAGAGUUGGCCAAGCAGGCGGAAGACGCCUUGGCCUAUACUCUAGAUGCUGAUUCAAUCUUAUUGAAUAUGGAAGAAGAUGGAGACUGGGAGGAUGGGAAAUGGCCAAACAUGCUGACUUGGCCUGUUGUCGCCCUACACGACGAGCAAGUCAACGAGCUUCAGGCUUACAUGCGGGUGCAAGAGAGCUAUAUGUUUUGCUUGCAGACAGUCAGUCGAAUUUUCUCCGAGCUUACGUAUGGAUACGUCAAAUACAAGUUGGACCACAUCUUCAAACGCCUCUGGGAUGAUCUCGCAACAUAUAACGACUAUCUCGAGCUUUGGAAUCCGCGCUUGCAAAGGCUCAAGGACUACUGCGGCAGUCCGGAAUUUGUCGCUCGCAUGGCGCCCUCUAGCGUAAAAAAGACCACCUCCCUCUUCGUCGAGGCAGACGAGGGGAAGAUCUGGACACAAGCAAUAAACAUUGCACCAAACAAGGGGAAUAAACUGUCUCUAUGGGUAGCAUACAAUCAAGCCGGACGCCUGGUGGACCGAUACGUUCUCAAGCGUGAUGUGGAAGAACCUGAAAAAUACAACAACAAGAGACAUUGGAUACAGAACGACGAUGGCAUUCCCGUACCAAAUGAGUUUUGGCUACAGAACAAGUGUUGGGAAAAAGAUCAAGGCAGCUUCGUCCGAAUUCGUCAAUGUAGCUGGAAACCCUUCGUAUGCGAGUACAAGAUUUCAUACUGUCCCUUCGGCGACCUCAUGGACCUACAGAACCAAUUCGAAUGGUCAGAUCCAGUGCCAGAGCCCAUACUCUGGUACAUAUUCGAAAAACUCGCUCAACAAUGCGUAGCAAUGGAAGAUUCGUAUGGCGAUCCCAAUGAGAAACAGAUCGUACAUCGCGAUAUCAAACCAGAAAACAUAUUCCUCGAUCUUCCCAAUCCGAACUAUUUCCCAGCAUACCCGGAAGCAAAAUUAGCAGACUUUGGACUCGCAAUCGAGACUUCUCAAUACGACGACACGAAUCCACAUACCAUGCAACACACCGGUACACCACCUUUCUUGGCCCCUGAGCAGAAAAUAAACAUCAAAGGCCGCGGACCACUUGGUCAAGUCCAACCCGAGAAAAUCCUAUCGCACACGAACGUGUGGGCCAUGGGCUUGGUGAUGCUGGAAUUUGUUAAUGAAACUCCUAUAGGUGAUCAAAAGCAAUACAUGGGUGGGCGCGCAAGCUACUAUGCCCCGGAUCGGACGGCCAGAGCAAGAUACUCGCCGAAACUGUUGCGACUUAUUUCACAGUGUUUAGAUUUCUGGCCAGUGGGGCGAAUUCCAGCAAGAGGGCUGCUUGCACGAAUAGUGGCUGACAGGCAAAGGGCUCCUAACGGGGUCGGGACUUAUUGUCAAGCUGCGGCGAAUGGGCAGCAGGUGGAGGGGAGAUCGCAAGAAUGGAGAAAGGGGCGAGAACGUUACAAGUUGAUGAUGGCCAAUUGA